ACAGCGACACCGGACACCAUUCAAUGCUGCACAAUGUUGUGUUACAUGACCUAACUAAGGUGCAUUUGGUAAGAACAACUUCAGAAUAUUUGACCUCACUCCGUGUGUCCUAAAACAACAAGGUCUCCGAGAUGUACACAACAACAAGACGGGUUUUCUCCAGCCUUACACGCGUGGCUUUAAUUCGAGGGAAAUUCGUUCAUAAUGCGACACCGACCGUCGGCAAAAUGAACAGCAUGCAGUCCCUCGCUCUGAGCUCUCAGAGGUCGGCUAACUCCACAGAUGGCGAGGAAGAGGUGGACAGUGAGCCCAUCAAGUUCUCCACCAGUAAAGCCAGUCACAGGACUUGGAAAGUCAAACGCUCCCUGGGGUCCAACCAGGAGCGCUCCUGGAAGAAGGUCCUCCCUGUCAGCCUGGUGUUCACCGGCCUGCUGCUGUGGGCUAUACUGAGGGACAGUGGUCUAAACCUGGACACUCCGCUGCAUGAGCAUUUACCCAACACGCUUUCAGACGAAGAGAAAGAAUAAAUCAUUUCAACAAAUGUGGGACUUAAGGUGUAUAUAUCUAUAUUUAUUGACUGUAUUUCAGACUGUGGCAGCAAGUUAUUGCGCCGAUAAUACCCGACUUUGUAGCAGGGAAGCCGUCCAAUGCUACAGAAACUGAUGUAUUGUUGUUGACCAUGUUUUGCCUUUUAAGCUUUCAGUUCAAUGUGGAUUAAAUGUGAUUCAAGCUA